UUUCGCACUGAGAAAUAGACCUGAGAAGAUCCUGAUGCUGAAGAAGGAGGGAGAUAAAAUUACCUACUCUGGAGGAAGAUCAGGUUUUAAAACAUUGUCCCGGCUGAAACUUAGAGCCGUGAGCUUGCUUAAGCAGAAGCUGAAAUCUUUGCCAAAUUAAGGUUUAAGGCAUGGCCUCAUUCCUUCAGGCCUUGUUUUCCUUGCUGCUUCUGGGCCUGUUCAGCAAUACUGGGAGAGCACAGCGAAACCCCGAGGUAUUCUGUGGAGCAUGUAAGGCUCUUGCUGAUGAGUUGGAGUAUGAGAUCAAGAAAAUUGGACCAAGAAGGACUGUAAAUUCGGGGACAUUUCGAAUCAACCCUGAUGGCACACGAGGGAAAAAAAAGAUUCCUUUUGCAAAGUCAGAGACCUUCUUAACAGACAUUUUGGAAAAUAUAUGCGAUCGGAUGAAUGAUUACAAACUUGAGGAUGAUCCUGUAACUAAGAAAAAGAUGUUCAAGAGAUAUGCUCCAAGGAAGGAUGAGGAAAUAUAUCCAAUAUAUAAACAAUAUUUCUUUUAUUCUGAUGCUUAUAAACCCUUGAAAUAUGCGUGUGAAACUAUCAUAGAACAGUAUGAAGAUGAAAUAUUCUCAGUUAUCACUCGGGAGUCACACUCUCUGGCUGACAAGCUGUGCAUUGAAAAAUCAGGUCUUUGUCAAGAAGAAAAUGAGAUGCACAGUGAACUCUAAAAAGCAACAAACAUUAUUAUUAUUAUUAUUAUUAUUAUUAUUAUUAUUAUCAUCAUCAUCAUCAUUAUCAUUAUUAUCAUUAUUAUUAUCAGCAGCAUCUGGAUGAAGAAUAUAAACUAAAAUAAUUCUACAUUCUCUACCUUCCAUUAAUCUUCAUAACAAACCUUCAUAUAGACUGAUAAAUUAACAUGCCUUUUUGUCUUGUCUAUUUCGGAUAUUGGACUAUUAGUGUCAGCUUUUAAAGAUGUUGUGUCAUUUGUACUCAAAAACCCUGCACUUUUCAUAGGAGAAACUGUUGAUUAUGAGUAAAAAUGCCGUUUCAAAUCUAUGCGAGUUGUACUUUUCCAAAACCUGCUGAUUUAUUCUCUGUAGAUUUAGAUCAAUGCUAGGGCAGUUUUCUAAACCAGAAUGGAACAACAGGCUGCAGCCAAGUCUCCAUGGCCAACUCACCACAGCCAGCUCACCGCGAGACAACUUGUCAUGGCCAACUCGCUACAGGAGAACUUGCUGUGGGACAAUUCAGCAAUUCAAUUUAAUUGGUUAAAAUAGUUUGAAAAAAAUUAAUUUGUAUCCUUCACAUUUCAUUUUGCCCCUCCUUUGGCAUCCAUUCUUUAAUGAUUCUAUUGCUUUUUCCAUAUUAGUGUAACUCUUGUCCCACGGUCAGUUAGCCAUGGCAAGUUGUCAUAGAAAAAUUGAUGUGCCUUAUAUAAAAUUGUUUUACUUAGGAGCAAAGGGUCACCAACAGGUUUUACAUCCUGGCGUUGGGAAGAGAAUGAGCAAUGAAAAUGAAAUAAUUGAUCUACUUGGCUGAUCUAACUGGACAAUCCAAUCAGUUCAUAUGGUACCUUCUUAUGCCUUAUCAUAAUUUUUUUUAAAGCAUCAUUUAGUAAGUAGGCAACUCAAGUAGGAAAACAUAACUAGUACCAAUAAGCCAUGUCUAAUAGUUUGAUUGGAAGGUAUUACUAACUCAGGAAUAUAAUUGUUUAUUAUUUCUUACACUGUAUAAUAAAAAGGGUUUCCUCAUUUCAGUGAUUGUGGCUUUCGAUUCCUUUCCCCACUUCGCAGUAAUUUCUUACUUAUGCAUCAGUACGUUUAACAUUUCAAACACACCCUCGCUCUACUAUUUCCAUUGGAAAAUAUAUUUGAGCAAUUUCUAUUGUAUAUCACAGACGUCUUGACUUCUCACCCAUGAAAACUUCCACACUCUCAUGAAAAAAAAUGAUGAUAUUUAUUUAAAGUCACAAUAUGAACUUUCAAUCUGUAUUUUGAAAAAGGCAAAGCCAUAGAAUGAAUUUUCCAUGGCAGCUGUUACACAUUUUUAAAGUUACAAAAUGGCAGUGAGAUUCUUAGGAACCUAGCGGACUUGUUUUGACAAGUUAAAAUGUUAAAAGUAAAGACAUUUAUGCAGAUAGUCCUCGACUUAUGGCCAGAAUUGAGUCCAACAUUUCCAUUGCUAAGUGAGACAGCUGUUAAGUGAGUUUUACCCCAUUUUACGACCUUUCCUGCCACAGUUGUUCAAUGAAUUGCUGCAGUUGUUAAGUUAGUAACAUGGUUGUUAAGUGAAUCUGGCUUCUUCAUUGACUUUGCUUGUCAGAAGGUCGCAAAAGGGAAUCACAUGAUCCUGGGACUUUGCAACUGUCCUAAGUACAUGCCAGUUGCCAAGCAUCUAAAUUUAGAUCACAUGACCACAGGGAUGCUGCAAUGAUCAUAAGUGUGAAAAAUGGCCAUACUGUAAGUCACUUUUUCAGUGCCAUUGUAACUUCAGUCAUUAAACAAAUGAUCAUAAGUCACAGACUACCUAUAUUGUAGCCAAGAACAAAUUAUUUUAACAUUACCUUGGCUUAUUCACAUGAAGAACGAUACCAUUGUCCCCCUAUAGGAAACCCCCCAUUGAUAGUUUAAAACUAGUAUGUUUAAGUCUGGAUAUUAUUUUUGUUGCCUUAAAUAAUGUACAUGGACUUAAAACUCAGUUCCACCAACUUCAUUUUAAUGUGGUAGUGCAUGUUUACAGCAAUGAGCUCUAAUUUUUAUGGCUUUAAUAUUUAAAUACGAUAUAUUAAAUUAGUGGGAUGUACUUCUGAAUACGGAAAGUGAUUUUCUAUGCAAACAAAGACCUUCCUUGCUCAAUGAAUUGAGAAUUAAUGGCUUUAUGGUACAAUCCUAAUCAAAUCUGUGUAUAUCUGUUUGGACUGCAAUGUUGAUAUAAAUAUAGACAUAAAUACACUUGCAUUGGCAAUAUUUUCUAAUUUGUUAUCCCAUUAAAUUUCUUUCUAUUGUCUCCUUCAAGAGUUGACUUUCUUUUGUUAAAAACCAUAUAUUUUUACUACAAAAUAUUGUUUUGCUUCUGUUGAUUAAUAAAGAUGAAAACUUUAA